CUAUCACCCUCGAAAAUGGUCCUGGACUUUAUAAUGAAUAGGGCUCAUGUCUACUACAUAGAGUACGUGAACCCUCUGGUCGUGUUGACUUCAUGACUGGUAAACCCAGUUAUUGCUAUUUAUUACUUCUUUAAAUACACUGAGAAUGCAGCUCUGUUAGGACCAUGGUUAAUGUAUUCUAUAUAAUUAUCCACAUGCUAAUCUAUGUGUGGCAGAUGACCCGACCUCUGACUAACCACCCUAAUCAGGUCAGAAUUUUGAUCAGGAAAACUCUGCCCAAAGAGGCUUGGAGGAUCAUCUUUUGCAGAAUGUUCUAUAAGAAGAACCUCCAAGACCAGUGUUGGUGGUGGUUCAGCUAUAUCUGCCUUUUAGUGAGUUAUUUUAUGUUCGUAGCCUUAUGGGUCCUAGACACAGUAUCAGACGAAUAUUCGGAAGAUAGAUUGUUCAUGGGAGCCAUGACUUUUGUUAUUAUCACAUCUUUCUAUAAUCUAGUGGCCUCUAUGUCACUCGGGAUUAUAAUAAUGAUUGUUAUUAUGAUGCUAAUGAUUGUUUUGCUGAUUCUCUGCUUUCCUUGCAUUAUUUUCUGCCAAGACUGCAUGUCCUGGAGACCAAGGAAUACUGGGGAUGUUGACCGAGAAGAAUUCCAAAACUUAGUCAAUAACAGAAACCAUGCACAGGACGUUCUACUGUAUAUUUUUCGAAACAAAAAGAGCCAAUAUCGAAUAUUAAAGAACAAAAUUUCCUCGACAGAAGAGUCAAAGAAGAACGAUGAGAAAGGUGAUAAAUGGAAUAUUCCUACUCAAAAAUCAGGCGAUGAUAAAUUAUACAAAGCUAAUGAAAUGGAUAAGAGGAAUGCGAAGAUUCAUCCACUAGAUCACGCUACCAUCGAUCCAGACAUGAGAGAAGAUCUUGAAGAAGAGUUCAAAGCAGACUCUCUGAAUCAGACAAAAAUAGAAAAUGAAGAAAAGCAUCGCAAGAGAAAGAAGAAACCAGUCCCUAUUGAAGAAGACGAAAUAUGAGUAGUAUGCCAAGACGACUUCACUGACGACGCUUGGGUGAUCGAAUUAGAUUGAGACCUAGCCAGGAAAAAGCAUAGGGACAGUAAAGGAGGCAAACAUAUUUUUCACUCUGAUUGAUUAAGAGAAUGGCUCAGAGUCAAAAUGACAUGUCCUACCUGUAGAACUAACCCAAUGAAAGCAUAUAAGACUAGAAUUAAAACUGUAGGGCAUGAUUUUGGGAAUGAUUUCCCAGAUAAAAUUUACGCUGAGGAUAUUAGAACUUACAUGAACCAAGUUAACAAUAUUUUCGAUCAGAUAGCUAAUGAGCCAAACAAUGAAGGAGACCCCUUAUCUUCUGGAAUUUCUGAUGAUUUAUCAGAUAGUGAUUCUAUUAGAUCAAAUACUUUCCCAAGAAAUGAGCGAAUUGAUGAAGAAUCUUUAGGUGAAAAUGAAGUUGAGCUGAUUGCAAAUAGAAAUCGUAAUAGAAAUAAUGAUCAAUAUGGUCAUGCAGAAAAUUCAGCUGCUCAUCUCAGGCAUAACAGUCGUUCCUUCUUCCACUCAUCUCCAAGUCUGGAGGAAAACUUGCCUUAGCUUUUCCAAGGCAUAUUUAGUUAUUUUCAAUGAUACAUUUU